GGUAACCACUGCGCCAGCGCCACUAAACAAGUGCGACCAUAUCCAUCAAGUUAUUUUUUCUCUUCUCAGCCUGAGAAUGCUCUUAAAAGGGCGGAAGAGUUGAUCAACGUUGGGCAGAAGCAGGAUGCUUUGCAGACUCUUCAUGACCUCAUUACUUCAAAGAGAUACAGAGCAUGGCAAAAGACACUUGAAAGGAUUAUGUUCAAGUAUGUUGAACUUUGUGUGGACAUGCAAAAAGGACGGUUUGCUAAAGAUGGGCUCAUUCAGUACCGGAUAAUAUGUCAGCAAGUGAAUGUUAGUUCAUUGGAGGAGGUUAUUAAACACUUUGUGCACCUUUCAACUGAGAAAGCUGAACAAGCCCGUAGCCAAGCACAAGCAUUAGAAGAAGCACUUGAUGUCGAUGAUUUAGAGGCUGAUAAAAGGCCGGGGGAUUUAAUGUUGAGCUAUGUCAGUGGUGAGAAAGGAAAGGACAAAUCUGAUCAAGAGCUUGUUACCCCAUGGUUUAAAUUUCUUUGGGAGACUUACAGGACAGUGCUUGAGAUAUUGCGGAACAACUCAAAACUGGAAGUCUUAUAUGCUAUGACAGUUCAUCGAGCUUUUCAGUUCUGUAAGCAAUAUAAACGAACAACAGAGUUUUGCAGACUAUGUGAAAUCAUAAGAAACCAUUUGGCUAAUCUCAAUAAAUACUGCGACCAACAUGACAGGCCUGAUCUUUCAGCUCCUGAAAGGUUACAAUUCUAUCUUGAUACUAGGGUUGAGCAGCUGAAAAUUGCCACUGAACUUGAACUUUGGCAGGAAGCCUUUAGAUCAGUGGAGGAUAUCCAUGGACUGAUGUGCUUGGUCAAGAAAACGCCUAAGCCAACUUUGAUGGUUGUUUACUAUGUGAAGCUGACAGAAAUAUUUUGGAUAUCAUCAAGUCAUCUAUAUCAUGCAUAUGCAUGGUUCAGGCUCUUUUUAUUGCAGAAAAGCUUCAAUAAAAAUCUGAGUCAGAAGGAUUUGCAAUUAAUAGCGUCAUCUGUUAUUCUAACUGCACUCUUAGUGCCUCCUCAUGAUCGUACCUAUGGUGCAUCCCAUUUGGAACUGGAGCCCAAAAAAGAGAAAAAUUUGAGGAUGGAUAAUCUCAUUGGCUUUAAUCUUGAAACUAAACCUGAAAGCAAAGAAAAGACUCCUCUAAAUCUUGUAUCUGCCAUGAAAGGUAGCCGAGAGAAACAUGGGGGACCACACGUGAAACUGCAUGUGAAAUGGGCGCAUGAUGUGUAUGAUCCAAUACCUACAUUAUUAUCACACACUGUCAAAAGCAACAAGAAGCAACGAAAAUCCAGGAAGAAGAAACCUGAAAAGAAGAAUGGAAAGAAGGGUAAAAAGGGAAAUUCAUCUCAAGGGGACAACAACAAAGAUCAACAGUUUCGCAAGCUAGGUGGAAUUUCUGGUUUGUGCUACAAGUCGAUGGAUUCUUGUGAUCCAGUGCUUGUAGCUUCUUCUGAAUUAGAUGCUCUUGAUGUUCCUAACCAGGAUUGGUAUUGUGGAACUAGCUUCUUGAAAAAAUCAGUUACAGAAGUGCACUAUUCAGUUGCAGAAGCGUUAUGA